AUGGGGUUCAUAAGCUCAUCAUUCGUCAGAAGCCGUCAAGUUGGGAAGUAUUUCGCAAACUCGCAAACCCUUGAUUUCGCCAACGUAAUCAUCGCACAGCGAUUCGACGGGAUUUCGCGCCAGCUUCUUUUUGUUAGUUCCGAGCUUCCAGUCCAGACCCGCCAAUAUCGGCUGGGUGACUUGGGGAUCCAAAGUCAUCCCAAAUGGCCGGCGAGGUUUGCGCUCAAACAAUCUUGCUUGCUCACUGAGGCCCUUCCCUCCCACAGCCUCAGUCGACCACUCCCCCAAGCCUCACCCCACCUCCCCCAACGGCGACCUCCCCGCCACGCCUCCUUCAGCAACUACCGCGACCACGUCCAGCAGCACGGCCCCCUCCAGAAGUCCAUCCGCUCCUCCACCGGCGGCAUCGGCGGCUCGGCCGGCGCCCAGCUCGGCGACGUCCAGCCCCCCAAGGGCACCUUCUUCGACACUUCGGAGCUGCCCGCGAGGUUCCGCCGCGCGCCCAUCGAGAUGGCCGAGAUCGAGGCUGUUGAGUCUGGUGGUGCUGCUGUCUUCGGUUGA